GCUUGUCACAGCAGCCCCAUGUACUUUUGGAGUCCAGGGGAGUUAAGCUGAGGGAAAUGUGUUGAUUUUCAUAGGUUUCCCCACUUUCUCUUUCCUCUGGAUAAAUCUGCAAUAGUUGUUCCCCAGACUUAUCUUCGGCAAGGACAAAGGCUAUUCCACUGUGCUUUCAUCCGGGUUCGUUGGGAGCCUGGGGUCAGGCUUGGGGGUGAGCAUCCUAAAACCUCAUUAAGAACUCUCCUUUUGUGGAAGAUCAAGGAACCACCCUAGGCACAGGGAGGUGUCUCAGCACAGUGUUCUGCACCGUAAAGGUACCUGCCAGUCCUGGGCACCCGUGGUCAAAGCUGAAUUGGAAGCAUUGAUGGAACACAGUUUAAAGACUCUGCCUAGCUGUGGACUGGUUCAGAACUCAAGACUAUAAUUACCAGGCGGUUUGCAUCCUUUUUUUAGUUCUAUCAGAAGGCUUUUUGCACCCACUCAGAAGGAGGGGUUCUGGAAGGGCAGCUCACAGGACCGAUUUCCCAGCCUUGAGUGAAGAUUGCAAAGAUUGGGUGUCUCUUCAAAUCCCGAGGAACUAUGUCUUCCUUAUAUACCCGAAGCAAAGAGUUCACUCGGAGUAGGAAAUCUCAAUCUGAUUCUCCCCCAGCAUCUCCCUCCCCAAUUGCCAAGACACUCCGACAUGAAAGACUUUCUAGGUUGGAAUCAGAAGGCAGUAGCCACACCACCACUGAUACCUAUAGUGACCGGGCUUCAGCAAAGGCCCGCCGGGAGGCCCGGAUAGCUUCUUUGACAAGUCGAGUAGAAGAGGACUGCCAAAGGGAUUAUAGAAAACUCUAUGAGAGUGCCCUGACGGAAAACCAGAAGCUGAAAACCAAACUGCAGGAGGCUCAGCGGGAGCUGGCAGAUGUCAAGUCUAAAUUGGAAAAGGUGGCCCAGCAGAAACAAGAAAAAACUUCUGACCGAUCAACAAUGCUGGAGGUGGAGAAAAGGGAGAGGAGAGCCCUGGAGCGGAAAAUGUCAGAAAUGGAGGAGGAGAUGAAGGUUUUGACAGAACUCAAGUCCGACAACCAGAGGCUGAAAGAUGAAAAUGGUGCCCUCAUCAGAGUUAUCAGCAAGCUGUCCAAAUAGACUAAUUCUUUGGAAGGGAAAGCACUUGCUGUCCCCCAGCUCCCAUUUCCCUCUGCCGCCUCCUUCCAACCAAAAAGAGUCAGUGUUUGUGACUGAAGGACCCCUCCCUGUCCCACCACCCCAAACGUUUCUUUUUACUGCAUACCCCGGAUCUCAUCUACCCCCUGUUUUAGGAGAGUUUUCAUGGAAACAUAAUGGUGGUAAUGAGAGAUGGCCAUCUGGGGCAGGGUGGGGUGCCUCUGGAAGCAGGCCCCUGGACCUCCCUAUUGCUCGACCACUCUGUUCAAAUUAGACUCAGUCCAGACCUGAAAGGCUUAUCUCCCCUCACCAGCACCACUGCAGCUAUAGUCUGGUCCAUUGGCCCUGUGUGUGUUGGGGAGAGGGGGGUGGAUCAGCAUGAAGGCUGCCACCUGCUGGCCCAAGGAUCCCAUUGGGAGUGCCAUGUGCCCACGGAAAACAGCCGGACUUUGAUUUAAUCACCAGACGACUGCCAGGGGCAUGUUUUUAUUACACUUGGGUGACAGUUGCUUCACAAUGAGACUCUGUUCUCACCCUCCCAGGAAACACCCCUCCGUGGCGGCUACGUGACUUGUGUUUCAUCUGUCCAGUGACAUUGAAGAAGAACCUCAGCCUCCCCUUCCCCCUGUCUGGUCUGCUUCCCAAGGCCCAGGUGGCCUUGCUUCACUUACUGUUUUCUUCCUCCCCUUUUCCCUUCCCACCUGGCCGCCCAUCCAGAAUCCGUUUUGUGGCAUCUGAGCUCCAUUGGCCUUUGCUACUUAGAAUGGCAUUUUCUGAAGCUGUCAGGGGAAAAGAAUUACCCUGUCAGCCAGCAGCACCUGCUCCCUCUCCGAGGGCUGCGUCAUGUACCGUGCAGGGUGCACACAAGCACCUUGCCCAUUAUUCUAGAUGCUAUCUAAGAGGCUGUGAAAACCCCACUCCACCCCCAUUCCAGGGAGGAUGUUUUGUUUUUAUUUUUCCUGCCAGCCUUACUUUGUGUCCCUGGUAGGAAAAUAACCCAACACAAGGAGGCUCAGGGAGAGGGAUUCAGGUGAAAGGCAGAGAGUGGAGACAAGUUGGAAAGAGGCUUAAGUUGUGUUGGUGGGGAAUCAUAACUUGAACUUAACAACCAAGAAGACUCAAAGCAGCUCAUGGUGUUGCUGGGAUGAGGACCGAAGGAACUAAAUGUUGGAAGAAUGUGGUGGUCAGCUCUUAGAGGGAUUUCCAUCUUAAAAUCAGUGGGGAAACCACUUCGGAGAGAAGCAAAAAGAGAGAUGGAGUGCCUUCAAACUAUUUAAGUGAGUUACGAUAUAGAGUCUUAGAGCUGGGAGGGGCCAGAGGUCAUUUAAUCCAACCAACCAGCCAAUGCUUCUACAACUUCUUGGGCAGAACAGAUGAUUGAUCAUCCUCUACUUGAACACUUCCAGUGACAGGAAGCUCACUAUAAGAAAGUGUGUUCCAUUAUUAGCUAGCUUGAAUUUUUAGGAAGUUCUUCCUAAAUCUAACACUAUGUUCCACUCAUUGAUACAGUAUGCCCUCUGGAGCCAUACAAUUAAUCUAAUGUUUCUUCAUUACAGUCAUUUACCUAUUUGAAGACAAUUAUCAUGGACUUACCCCUCCCCAGAUGUCUUCUCUAUGCCAAAUAUCCUUCAACUGUUCCUCCUGACAGUUUCCAGGCUCUUCGCUCUCCUGGUCACCAUCUCCUAGGCGUAAUGCUCUUGAUGUGGUGUGACUAGUGAAGCAUAUGGUAGGACUAUUACCUCCCUUGAUCAGGGCACUCUGUCUUUAUUAAUGCAGCCUGAGAGAGCGUUAGCUGUUUUAGUAGCUGCAUCACACUGUAGGCUCAUAUUGAGUUUCUGGUCAAUUAAAACCACCCCUGGUCUUUUUCACAGACAUGACUUUGGGGGUGCCAUCCUUGAUAUAUAAAAUUCAGUGAGUUUUCUUUCGAGUCCUUUCUCAUGUAUACUGCCUCUCUCCACUCUGAGUCUCCUCUUUUCAUCAAGGUAGAGAUACUCUUUGUAGGUGUAUGAAGCAUCUAGCAAUCAGAAGUUACAUUUCAAGAGUUUCAAACUUUGUCUUCCUCGCCAAAACUCAGUUUUUGUGGUCUGCAAAGUGAUGUGUUGAUUCCUUUUCCAACCAUUGUCAAGGAAAGCUAUUAUUCUGUGAUAUUUAGGUGACAUUUCAGAGUUGUGAAAAUAUUCACUUCAGGGUAAUGAGUGAGAUGAGUUGUACUAUAAAGCAUUUACUUUAUUCUCAUCAAUGAGAUAGCCUAUAGAGUCAUAAAAGACACUGGAAUGUUAUCUAGCCUUGUUUUGGUCAUUUGGGAAAUUCUAAUAGUAUCUCCCCUAGGAGAAAAGAAAUCAAAUUCUUCAAAUAUCUCUGGCCAUCUCAAUAGAGUGAGAUCAAAUAGGACUGCUUAGAUUUUCUUAUGUUGGUGCAGUCCCCCUCAGUUGACAUUUCCAGAAACCUCCCUCUUGUCUUUUCUGACUGUAGGGUAUGUCUGAUUCCCUCUUUGACCUUCUAACCCCUCCUUCUAGCUUCUACCUGACUUUGUCAAAGAGAACUAGGUAUACCUACUUGGUUUUCUGAAGCCACUGGCAAAUAUUCAGCUUUUCAUGCAGCUCACUACCAGCCCCCAAACACAUAUGCUUACCUAUUCUACAUUGCCCUUCAGGAACGACAGACUCUCCAUUAAACCUGGGGUUUCUGUGAAGCAAAGAGUACCUGAGUUAGUUUAAAAAAAAAAACAAAACAACUUCUUGGUUUGAA